AUGGUUAACACUCCAGCGGCUUUAUAUAAGCCUGCCCAGCCGCCUACCUGCUACACCGUCUGUCCUGCAGUUCCCUGGAUCCAGAGGGUGACCAGGCAGCCCUCGUGGGUCCACACCAUGGCCACCUGCUGGCAGGGCCUGUGGGCCUAUCGCUUCUACCUGAUCGUAUUCUUCCUACCCAUUUUCCUGCUGCCUCUGCCCAUCCUCGUGCCGACCAAGGAAGCCUGUUGUGCCUACACCAUCAUCCUCAUGGCGCUGCUCUGGUGCACCGAGGCACUGCCGCUGGCCAUCACUGCCUUCCUCCCCGUCAUCAUGUUCCCCAUGAUGGGCAUAAUGAAUGCUUCCACGGUCAGCCUCGAGUACCUGAAAGAUACCAACAUCCUAUUCAUUGGGGGGAUGAUGGUGGCCCUCGCCGUGGAGAACUGGAAUCUGCACAAACGCAUCGCCCUCCGGGUGCUCCUCAUCAUCGGGGUGCGGCCCGCCCUGCUGAUCCUGGGCUUCAUGUUGGUGACGGCCUUCUUGUCCAUGUGGAUCAGCAACACGGCCACCACCGCCAUGAUGGUGCCCAUAGCCCAUGCUGUUCUGGAGCAGCUGCACAAGAUGCCCACAGACAGGGAUGUUGAGGAGGGCAGGAACAACCCCGCCUUUGAGCUCCAGGAACAGAAGGAAGAGACCAAGCUUGAUGAGAAAGACAAAAAGCAGGAUUGCCCUGCUCCACUGACUCCUUCAGAGUCCAAGACACAGCAGAACAAGGAGCAGCUCCGCUUCAGCCAGGGCCUGAGCCUGUGUGUGUGCUACUCGGCCAGCAUCGGGGGCAUCGCCACCCUGACCGGCACCACCCCCAACCUGGUGCUGCAAGGCCAGGUCAACUCGAUCUUCCCCCGAAAUGGCAACGUGGUGAACUUCGCCUCCUGGUUUGGCUUUGCCUUCCCUGCCAUGAUCAUCUUACUGCUGCUUUCCUGGGUGUGGCUGCAGAUCCUCUUCUUAGGAUUCGACUUCCGGAAGAACUUUGGCUUGGGGGAACAGAGCAGGAAUCAGGAGCGAGCAGCUUUCGAAGUCAUCCGGAGAGAGCACAAGCUGCUGGGCCCCAUAAACUUCGCGGAAAAGGCUGUCACCUUCCUCUUUGUCCUGUUGGUGGUGCUCUGGUUCACUCGGGAGCCAGGCUUUUUCACGGGCUGGGGUAACCUGGCUUUUUCCGAUGACACUGGGAAGAGCAUGACAUCCGAUGGGACAGUAGCCAUCUUAAUCGCUGUAAUUAUGUUCAUCGUGCCCUCCAAGAUCCCAGGGCUGACUCAGAAACCAGGAAACCCAGGGAAGCUGAAGGCCCCUCCUGCCCUCCUCACCUGGGAUAUAGUAAAAAAGAAAAUGCCUUGGAAUAUCGUGAUCCUUCUGGGUGGUGGCUUUGCCCUGGCCAAGGGCAGUGAGGAAUCGGGCCUGUCGAAGUGGCUGGGGGAUAAGCUGACCCCACUGGAGAGUGUGCCGCCUGCUGCCAUCGCCUUUAUCAUCUGCCUCCUGAUUGCCAUCUUCACUGAGUGCACCAGCAAUGUGGCCACCACCACACUCUUCCUGCCCAUCCUGGCCUCCAUGUCGCAGGCCAUCUGCAUCCACCCUCUCUACGUCAUGCUCCCCUGCACCCUUGCCAGUUCCCUGGCCUUCAUGCUGCCUGUGGCCACCCCGCCCAACGCCAUCGCCUUCUCUUUCGGAGGCCUCAGAGUGACGGACAUGGCCCGAGCCGGAUUCAUGCUCAACGUCAUUGGGGUUCUCGUCAUCACGCUGGCCAUCAACAGCUGGAGCAUCCCCAUGUUCGACCUGAACAACUUCCCCUCCUGGGCCCAGUCCAACACCACAGGCCUCUGCGGGGUCAGCCAGGCAAAUGUCACAACAUCUAGCCCCUAG